UAUUAUCACUCAGGACACUUUAUCGUUGCUGCUAUUUUGUCUCAGGUCCAUUUAUUUUCAAAUACUGUAAACUUUGAAAACCGACCAUCUCAGGAACUUGAUGACUCUUUGUAACACUUCAUUUCAAGCUGGACAUAUCGUGCUUCAAUGGAAAUUCUCUCCAGGCRGGGUAGAUUCCUCCCAAACUACAAAUGUGAUAUUGAGACUCUGCCAGUAGCAGUCAUUGGAGGACUUAACUAUGAAUUCUGCUUCGACAUGGCAAGUGUCCUGAGCRUGUACAAAAUGCCACAGAUAAUUUAUGGCUCUCCUGUUACAACUGAUAACAACAUUCAACCUGCUUUUCUCCAUUGGAUGUUCCCACACGAAACUGAUCAAUACAAUGGGAUUCUCCAGUUACUGCUACAUUUCAAGUGGGUAUGGAUUGGGGUGGUUUACCACAGUGAUGACAGUGGAGAAAGAUUUGUAAAAAAUGUUCUUCUUGAAUUUCCCAAGAGAGGCAUUUGUCUUGCUUUUAUGGAAAAAUUCCCUGAAAUGACCUAUUCCUCUGAGUUUGAUAACAUGGUAAAGAAAGGUAUUGCAGCAGUUGACAUUGUUAUGAAGAGCACUGCCAAUGUUGUGGUUGUUUAUGGUAAAAUCCAGACCCUUUUGACCAUGAGACUGGUCCCCUUCAUUGCAGAAGCAGAGGGUUUAACCCUACGAACCAAUACAAAAGUCUGGAUUCUAACAGCCGAGAUGGAAUUCACCUCAUUUUCCUGGCAAAGGGAAGUUGACAUAAAUUUCCUCCAUGGUGCCAUUUCCUUUGCAGUUCACUCAAAGGAACUUUUGGGCUUCAAGACUUUUCUUCACAUGAAAAACCCUUCCUUGGACAAAGAAGACAGGUUUUUGAGGGCAUUCUGGGAAAUUGUGUUUCUUUGUUCCUUUCCUGAUGCUUCUGUGGAGAAGGAAGAUGUGAAAAUGUGCACAGGAGAGGAGAAACUUGAAACACUACCUAUAUCCCUCUUUGAAAUGAGCAUGACUGCCCAUAGCUAUAGUAUCUACAAUGCCAUCUACGCUGUAGCACAUGCUUUGCAUGCUAUGUAUUCAUCUAGAUUUAGAGGUAGAACAACGAGGAAUGGCAUAAAGCAGAGCUUCUGGAAUGAACAACCAUGGCAGCUUCACCGCUUUUUGAGAAGUGUCUCGUUUAAUAACAGCGCCAUGGAAGAGAUCACCUUCAACCAAAAGGGAGAAUUAGUGGCUGGAUUUGACAUUAUCAACUGGGCCGUGUUAUCCAAUAUAUCCUUCCUUAAAGUAAAAGUUGGAAAGAUAAAUCCUCAGGCUUCUCCAGAGAACAAAUUCACCAUUACUGAAAAUAACAUGAUUUGGCCCAGUAAAUUUAAGACACGUCCCCUUUCUCUGUGUAAUGAAAAAUGCCAAUUAGGCUAUAGAAAGGCCAAGAGAGAAGGAGAGCCUCCCUGUUGUUACGAUUGUCUUCCGUGCCAAGGAGGGAAGAUUUCAGACAGAACCGAUGUGGAUUACUGUUUUCAGUGUCCCGAAGAUCAUUAUUCAAACAAGAACCGAGAUGCAUGUCUUCCGAAAGACAUCAGCUACCUGACUUAUGAAGAACCCUUGGGGAUCAGUUUGGUUACUAUUGCUCUUGCCCUUUUUUCCAUCACAGCUUGGAUGUUUUGGAUUUUCUGGAAGCACAAAAACACUCCCAUAGUCAAAGCCAACAACCAAAAUCUGACCUUCACCCUCCUCAUCUCCCUUCUACUCUCCUUCCUUUGCAUUUUUCUGUUUAUUGGUCACCCUAAGAAGGUGACAUGCCUCCUUCGACAAACAGCCUUUGGACUGAUCUUCUCAGUGGCAGUUUCAUGCAUAUUGGCUAAAACCACCCUUGUAGUUGUAGCUUUCAUGGCUACUAAGCCAGGCUCUGGGAUGAGGAAAUGGGUGGGAGGGUGGCUGUCUAGCUCUAUUGUUCUUUCUUGCUCCCUUAUACAAGCUACAAUUUGCAGCGUCUGGUUGGCAAUCUCUCCCCCAUUUCCCGACGUUGACAUGCAUUCAGUGACUAAAGAAAUUGUACUGGAGUGUAAUGAAGGCUCCUCUACCAUGUUUUACUGUGUCUUGGGGUUCCUAGGUUUCCUAGCCAGUGUUGGCUUCACUGUAGCUUUUUUAGCUAGGAAGUUACCAGACACUUUUAAUGAAGCCAAGUUUAUCACUUUCAGCAUGUUAAUGUUUUGCUGUGUCUGGUUGUCCUUUGUUCCGGCAUAUCUGAGUACCAAAGGGAAAUACAUGGUGGCUGUGGAGAUCUUCUCCAUCUUGAGUUCCAGUGCUGGCUUGCUUGGCUGUAUUUUUUCUCCAAAAUGUUAUGUCAUUUUGCUGAGGCCUGAUCUUAAUAGAAAGGGACAGCUAAAGAAAAGAAAUCAUCAAAGAAUUGAGAAAUGUAAAUAG